AUGUAUGUGAAAUGGUUUUAUACAGGAAUGUUUUACUAUGUGAUUUUAGUGUAUUUAGUGAAUGUCACUUUUUGUCAUUUUCAAACUUCCCGCUGUUCCUUCCCCCUGUACGUCCCGAUGCUCGCAGGGGACGGAACCCAGAUGACAGAUGCCGGCAUCAGCCGAGGACAUUACAGGGGACAAUGCAGGAGGGACAUCGCUGGAGCGCAGGACAAGGUAAGAGAAGAACAGAUCCCGGAGCAAUGCUGCAGGGUAUUCCUGAGUGUAGCUCGGGGUUACCGCUUGUGCUACACUCGGGAAUACCGCCAGGGAGGU